AUCCAAAGUCCAAACACAGCAUAAAAGUAGCUCUAUUGACUUUUUUUCUUCCUCCAAACUCUUUUUACGUCAAGCAAUGGAGGAUCUUGAUCCAACCUACAUCCAAGCACCAGAGCAUAGAUCAGAUUCGAAUUUCAUCCCUAACCAACCAGAAGAAAUACCCGUGAUUGAUCUCUCGCGCCUCGAUGACCCCGAAGAUGUCCAAAACGUUAUCUCAGAGAUCGGUGAUGCUUGUGAAAAAUGGGGAUUUUUUCAGGUGCUUAAUCAUGGUGUGCCUUCUGACGCAAGGCAACGUGUGGAGAAGACUGUGAAGAUGUUUUUCGAUUUGCCUAUGGAAGAGAAGAUAAAGGUGAAGAGAGACGAUGUGAAUCCUGUAGGGUAUCAUGAUGGAGAACACACCAAGAACGUUAAAGAUUGGAAAGAAGUGUUUGAUAUUUAUUUCAAAGAUCCAAUGGUCAUUCCUUCAACCACUGAUCCUGAAGAUGAAGGCUUAAGACUUGUUUACAACAAGUGGCCUCAAUCUCCUUCUGAUUUCAGGGAAGCAUGUGAAGUAUAUGCGAGACACGCUGAAAAAUUAGCGUUCAAGCUCUUGGAACUGAUUUCGUUAAGCUUAGGCUUGCCAAAAGAGCGUUUUCAUGACUACUUCAAAGAACAAAUGAGUUUUUUCAGGAUAAAUCGUUAUCCACCAUGUCCAAGACCUGACCUAGCUUUAGGUGUUGGUCACCACAAAGAUGCCGACGUUAUUAGUCUAUUGGCUCAAGAUGAUGUUGGAGGAUUACAAGUUAGUCGUAGAUCGGACGGUGUUUGGUUUCCGAUUAGACCCGUCCCUAAUGCUCUUGUCAUCAAUAUAGGCAAUUGUAUGGAGGUAAUAAUAUCCUUGAACUUAUGUCAUAUUCUUUUGUUAUACAUAACAUUAAAAGAUUCUUUCAUAAUUAAUGAGUAUUACUAUAUCAUAAAUAUGAUAAUGUAGAUAUGGACGAAUGACAAGUAUUGGAGUGCUGAACAUAGAGUGGUGGUGAACACAACAAGAGAGAGAUACUCGAUACCAUUCUUCUUGUUGCCUUCACACGAUGUGGAAGUGAAGCCAUUAGAAGAACUUGUGAGUCCUGAAAACCCUCCAAAAUACAAAGGCUAUAAAUGGGGUAAGUUCUACGUCAGUAGGAAUAGAAGCGAUUUUCGAAAACUGGAAAUCGAAAACAUCCAAAUCGAUGACUUCAAAGUUAAAACUUAAUAUACUAUGUAUCGGCUUUUUUUUUGUUUACCAAGCUAUGAUAUUAAUCAAAUAAUGUGUGUGGGACUUAAUUUGUGUCGGAAAGAAUAAAUUUGAUUACUUUUGAAUA